AUGACGAAAACCUCAGAAAAGAAACCAUGGAUCCUCAAUGCCUUUGCCAUGUUUUCGCCUGGGCAUUUAUCGCCUGGGCUAUGGAAGCAUCCACAGGACCGUGCCGGUGAUUUCCUCGAUCUAUCGUAUUGGAUUGAGCUAGCCAAGGUUUUGGAGAAAGGCAAAUUCCACGGCCUGUUUCUGGCCGAUCAUCUGGGGAUCUACGAUGUGUAUAAAGGUCCGGGGAAUCGAGAGCCUGCGUUGUUAUCGGGGGCGCAAUUCCCUAUUGGGGAUCCAUUCCUCCUCAUCUCAGCGAUGGCCUCUGUAACCACAUCUCUCUCCUUCGGCAUAACCGCAUCUACAACCUACGAGACGUCGCCAUACGCACUGGCUCGCAAAUUCUCAACAUUGGAUCAUCUCACGCGCGGCCGGGUGGGAUGGAACAUCGUCACCUCAUUUCUGGAUAGUGCAGCGAAGGCAUACGGAAUGGACGAGCAGAUCCCGCACGACGAACGAUAUGCGCGAGCAGACGAGUACAUGGAGCUUACAUACAAGCUGUGGGAAGGGACAUGGCGCGAUGGGGCCGUCGUCAAGGAUCCUAAGACCGGCGUUUACAGUGAUCCUCGCCAGGUUCGUGCUAUUGAGCAUCAUGGAAAAUAUUUCAAGAGCACGGCUGCGAGCCAGUUGCCGGCUUCGAGGCAGAGGACGCCGUUGCUUUUUCAGGCGGGGGCUUCGUCCGCUGGGAAGCAAUUCGCUGCCAAACAUUCCGAGGUGAUGUUCCUACCUGGUCUGGAGCCGGAGAAAACCAAGGCCGUGGUAGAUGACAUGCGAAAACACCUGGCGGAAGUUGGCCGCCCAACGGACAGCAUUAAGUUCAUCGCGGGCAUUCUCGUGAUCGUCGACGAGACUGACGAGAAAGCCCAAGCGAAAUACGAAGAGUACUUAGCCCAAUCCGAUCUCGAAGGCGUAGCAACACUCUUCGGCGGCUGGACCAGCAGCGAUCUAUCCAAGUUCGACGACGACGAGGACUUCUCUUUCACUGCCGUUGGUGGAAUCCAGUCUUUGAUCUCGAGCUGGUCGAAAACUGUUCCCAACUCCAAUGGGCUGAAGUGGACGAAACGUCGCGUUUUGCAGGAAUUGGCGCUGGGGGGAGCCCAUCCUCGGGCUAUUGGGUCUCCGAGUACAGUGGCAGAUAUUCUGCAGAGGUGGGUUGAUGUUGCGGGUGUGGAUGGGUUUAAUUUCUCCUAUGCGGUUUCUCCGGGGACAUUUGAAGAUAUGAUUGAGUAUUUGUUUCCGGAGUUGAGGAGGAGAGGUGUUAUCUGGGAUGAUUAUGAGGUGAACGGUGGGUCGGCCAGAGAGAAUUACUUUCAGGAUGGACUUGGGUCGAGGCUGCGUGAGGGUCAUCCGGGGAGGGAGUAUACGUGGAACUGA